UGUUCCAUAUCCUCAUGAUGGUGAAACAUUAUUUAGAUUUAUUUCUGAUAUCAUCUUGGAAUGGAACAUUGAUAAGAAGCUGACCUCUGUUGUUGUUGAUAAUGCAUCUUCAAAUGAUUCAAUGGUUAAAUGUUUGAAAUCAUGGCUAUUGGAUAAGUCAUUGCUCAAUUUAGGACGUGAUCUUUUUCAUGUUCGAUGUAGUGCACAUAUUCUUAAUUUGAUUGUGCAAUAUGGGUUAGCUAUUGUUGAAAAAUUGCUUCAUAAGAUUCGGGAGACCAUAAAGUACUUGAAAAGGUCUACUUCUUCUUCUCAAAAAUUUGAGAAUGCAAUUAAUCAAUGCAAGCUGAAAAAUAAAAAAAGAAUGGGUAUGGAUGUUUAAAAUAGAUGGAAUUCUACAUUCUUGAUGCUUGAGACUACUUUGCCUUUGAAGGAAGCUUUUUGUCGUUUAGAACAAAUGGACAGAAAUUACAAGUUAAAACCUUCAGAAAAUGAUUGGAAAGUGGCUGGUAUUGUUCAUGAUUGUUUGAAAAAAUUUUAUGACGCCACAUGUCAUUUUAGUGGUUCUAAUUUUCCCACAGCAAAUAUUUUUUUUCCCGAUAUAUGUAAUCUUCGUCUUAAGAUGAGGCAAUGGGAAGUUAGUGAGCAUGAUUUUAUUCGAGAAAUGGCUAUUCCAAUGAAAGCAAAAUUUGAAAAAUAUUGGGAAGAAUGUUUUUUGGUGCUAGCUAUUGCUGUGGUGCUUGAUCCUAGAUUUAAGUUGGCUUUAGUAGAGUAUUAUUACAAUGAACUUUAUGGAGAAGGUGGUGAAAGAUAUGUGGAUAGAGUUUGUAAUGCUAUUGCUGAUUUGUUUGUUGAAUAUAGAGGUGACAUUGCUCCUUUUUCGAGCUAUGUUGAUAAUAUAGGAGAAUGGACUUCUACUUGUGAAAAUAUAGAUGUACAAGAUGAUGAUGAUGAUAAGUUGUCUGAUUUUGACAAAUGGUAUCAACAAUCAUGUUCUUCUACUAUUCUUGCUAGUCAAAAAUCUAAAUUGCAAUCAUACUUGGACGAGCCUGUAUUUCCAAGAAAAGAUGAUUUUGACAUACUAGGUUGGUGGAAGGCAAACAGUCCACAAUUUCCUAUUCUUAGCAAGAUGGCUCGUGAUAUUCUUGCAAUUCCAGCUACUAUUAUGGCAUCGGAAUCAGCAUUUAGCGUUGGCAAAAGGGUAAUUGAUGAGACUCGUACUUCUUUGCUUCCUGAUGUGGUCGAAGCUUUGAUAACAACCGGAGAUUGGUUACCUCUGAAAAAGAAAAGAAGCAAGUCCUUCAUGUUUAUGUUUCUUUUGUUGUUUUUUCUUUUUAAAUCCAUAUUACAAGUUUGUUUGGUCGAGUUACUCUAGAAAGACUAACUACUUUCUUUCUCUUUGUUUUCUUAGAAUUAUUUGGAGAAGAUUUGGAUGAUUCUUCUAAAGUUAUCAAGUUAGAGUGAUGUAUUUGAAAAAUUGUGAAACUUGAGAGCCAUGAAUACUAUUGUAAUCGACAGGACUUCAUUUGUUGGUUGAUGUAUUUGAUAUUAUUGUUUGAUUGGACUUUUUAGAAA